AUGUGUUUGAAGCAACUUCGUUUAACCACAAACAAAGUGCUGAAGAAUUACAGCAAACAGAAAUGGAUCUGUAGCCAUCAUGUAUUGAGCGAGUUCAUUAUAAAUAUUCCGUUCGAAUUUUUAGAUAAUUGGAAUCCUGUGUCUGGAGAGAAAGAAGUUUGCGGCAACGCUUCUUCGAGUGGACUAUGUCCUGAUGGAUAUGUGUGUAUGCAGGACGUUGGUGAAAAUCCAAAUCACGGACUUACUAAUUUCGAUCACUUUGGAUGGGCAAUGCUGACGUCAUUUCAGCUUUUGACGUUAGACUUUUGGGAGAAUGUUUAUAACAUGAUUAUUCGUGCGGAAGGUGCGUGGAACGUUUUGUUCUUUUUUAUGUCAGUCAUAUUGGGGCCUUUCUAUCUACUCAACUUGUUAUUGGCGGUCGUUACUCUUGCUUACAGUAAAGAACACGAAAAACAGACAAAACUGCGCGAAAUGCGCGAAAGAGCUAAAGAAAACGCACGUCGCAGAAACAAAAGACGUCGAUUGCUUAUGGAAAGGGCGAAACAGAAAUUACAAUCACCUGCUUCGUUCGGGGACGUCGUAGAACAUCAAAUAGGGUCAUCUUUGCGAGAGCGUGCUGAAAAUGGUGGCCUACACGUCAAUACCGGAAAUGGCGACUCAGGUUCAGAAAAAAAGAGGAAUUUUGUUUCUGGUGCAAUCAAGAAGGAUAAUACAGAAGAGCAGGACUCUCGUUCUCAAAUUCCGAUAGUUAUAAAAGGAAACUCGGAAAGGGAUUUAUCACAAAACGACAAUCAACUGACGAGAGAGCCAAGUUAUUCAAAACUUUCUGAUUCAAAAGAUACUAAAAGAGCGACAUUUCGAAAUAGUAGCAGAAAAAAUAUAUCGCUUGAAAGCUCUGAAUCAGCCUCAAGCACUGUACCAGAAUGGAAGAAAUGGAUUUGUAAGAGAUAUAAUUCAUUCCAUGGAGCAUGUUGUUCAUGGUCGUGUCACCCAAGAUUUGUUGAAUUCCAGAACUUUCUUCUGAAGAUUGUUGAACAUAAACUAUUCGAGGGUAUUGUCGUCCUCAGUAUUUUAACAAACACAGCAUUUCUUGCUAUGGAUCAUCAUGAAAUACAUCCUACUUUCGAAAGCGUUCUCAUUCAUGGAAACUAUGUUUUUACUGGAAUAUUUGCAAUCGAAGCUGUUUUAAAGAUUUUUGCCAUGUCGCCUCUUGAGUAUCUCAGAAAUCCUUGGAAUGUGUUUGAUUUUACAAUUGUUUUAAUAAGUCUUAUUGAAUUUAUGAUUCCAUCCAGUACCGGUGCUUUGUCAGUUCUGAGAAGCUUGAGACUGAUGAGAGUAUUUCGUCUUGCACGCAUCUGGACAACUAUGCGAAAACUGAUGUCUAUUAUUUUAAAAAGUUUGAGUGCCGUUGUAUAUCUAACAAUUGUACUAUUUAUGGUGCUUUUCAUAUUUGCUGUUGUAGGAAAACAACUCUUUGGUCAUGCUUACAUUAACUCAGGCGAUAAAUUCGACGACGGUCAGGUUCCUCGUUGGAAUUUCGUCGAUUUUUAUCAUUCGUUUCUAUUAGUUUGGAGAGUUAUGUGUGGUGAAUGGAUAGAACCUUUACACGAUUGUAUGAUGUUGGUUGAUGCUUCAUGCAUUCCCGUAUUUUUGUUGAUGACAUUCAUAGGGAAUUUUCUUGUGUUAAACCUUUUCACCGCUAUAUUAUUGGAAGCUUUCAACGUUGAUAAUCUCAAGUCAAAACAAGUAGAUCAAAAAACAGCUAAACUGAAGUUGGGGGUCGAGAGAUUUCGAAAAUUGCUGAAAAAAUCACAAAGUAGAAAGUCAGUGGAUGCUACUGCUGCGAACGAUUGCAAGGAAAAUGAAAAUAAUCAAAACAAAGAAAAUGGAACGCAUAAUGCGAACGAGCCUAAAAACAACGAUGAAACUACAGGCAGCACAAAUACUUUGAAUUCUGGGAUUUCUUCACCUAAACGAUCGAUGUCUGCAACUGACAUAUUUGCUCUGCAUCGAGCAACUCAAAAAGAAAGAGCACUCUCGCUCGACGAGAGUUCCGAAGAAGACUCUGAAAGUAUCACAAUAAAGAAAAAUCCUCCUCCACUAAAAAGAUCGUUUUCUCAAGACAGCCCAAGCCCACCAAAUGACCAUCCGUUCAGACCAAGACCACGUAGGCAAGGGACAUUGACAAAGCAGUCAAGAAUUAGCGAGGAUUCUCCUGUCACAAUAAAGAAAUCAAAAUUUUGUACCAAGACAAUCCAAGAAGUUGACGAGAACGAACCCAACAGUACCGAAGACAACGAUGCAGCUAAUAAUUCAGUCUCGAAGAAAGUCACUUUUGCUGUAUCAGGAAAUAGCAAGGUAUAUCCUAAAAGACAAGGCGAUGCAGAAAAUGGCAUUGAAGAAUCAGAUUUAGCUGUUCAAAUAAAGCUACCUUGGUACAAAAGUGUUGUGCCUCCUUGUGUUGGAGAAAAUGAGAAGGAAACGUGCAACUGCUGCGACAGAUAUGGCGAAAAUUGUCUGUUUCGAAAAUGGAAAAUAUUCCGAAACUUCAUAUUUCGAGUUGUUAGUCAUCAAAUAUUUGAGUGGUUCAUUCUAUUCAUCAUUCUGGCAAGCACUGUUUGCUUGGCGAUGGAAGACGUGUAUCUUAAAGAAGAUAAAGUAAAAGUGCAAGUUCUAAAUAUUUUGGAAUAUGUUUUCACAACUAUUUUUACAAUAGAGAUGAUUUUAAAAUGGAUCGGAAUUGGAUGGUCCAAAUAUUUUACCAAUUGGUGGUGCAUCAUCGAUUUCGUCAUCGUCGUGAUUUCUUGGAUUGGUAUUGGAGCAUCUGCAGUUGGGGAAGUCGAAUCUUUAAAAGCUUUGAGAACAUUGAGAGCACUACGUCCUUUACGUGCAAUAUCUAGGUGGCAAGGAAUGAGGGUCGUCGUUAACGCAUUGGUGUAUUGCAUCCCGUCAAUUGCUAACGUAUUGUGCGUCUGUAUGCUGUUAUGGCUUGUUUUCAGCAUUAUCGGAGUUCAGCAAUUCAAAGGAAGAUUCUACAGGUGUGAAGAUUUAGAAGGCAAUGUACUGAACCACACUAUUGUACCGAAUCGGACGAUUUGCGAACAACAUACCGAUUAUAGAUGGAUCACCCCGAGAAUCAAUUUCGAUAAUGUACUCAAUGGCAUGAUAGCGCUUUUUCAAGUGGCUACUUUUGAAGGCUGGAUUGAGAUAAUGGCAGAUGCUAGCGAUACUGUAAAUGUUGAUGAACAGCCGUACAGAGAAGCAAACAAAUAUUCAUAUGUUUUCUUCUUCUGUUUCGUACUGAUCGGAUCAUUUUUCAUAUUGAAUCUUAUUGUUGGUGUCAUCAUCGAAAGUUUUCAGAAGCUAAGAAAACAGACUGAAUCAUCAUCAGCUGUUGAAGCAUUUCUAACAGAAAGUCAGAAAAACUUUUAUAAAACGAUGAGAACAAUGUUGAACAGAAAACCCAAGAAAACAAUUCCACCACCAGAGAACCCUACUCAACAAAAAAUCUUCAAAUUGGUGACGCACAGCAAGUUUGAGGUAGCCGUAUUCUCCGUAAUUGUGUUGAACAUGAUCACUUUAGCAAUGGAACAUUAUCAGAUGUCAAAAACAUGGACAACAGUGCUUAGAUACGUAGACAUUACCUUCACUGCGGUAUUUUCAAUUGAAGCGACGUUGAAAAUUAUUGGAACAAGAUUCUACUAUUUUCGAGAUCCUUUCAAUGUCUUUGACUUCGUUGUUGUUAUACUCUCUAUAACAGGUUUCAUUCUUGAAGAAUUAUUGACAUUUUUGGUAUCUCCAACAUUGUUGAGAGUGGUGCGAGUAUUCCGUGUGUUUCGUGUAUUGCGUGUGAUUCGUGCAGCUCGAGGAAUCAGAAGAUUGAUUCUUACUUUGAUGAUUUCACUUCCAGCUCUUUUCAACAUUGCAGUAUUGUUAGGAGUAUUCAUGAUCAUCUUCGCUAUUCUAGGUAUGUCAUUCUUUAUGGACGUGAAAUUACGAGGAGCUCUCAACGAUAUCGUUAACUUCCGCACUUUCGGGAAUUCUAUGAUGCUUCUAUUUCGUUUGAUGACGUCAGCAGGAUGGAAUGACGUAUUGGAUCCACUCAUGAACGACACUGAUUGCGAUGGAGCGGAUUGCGGAAAAUAUCAUUUUGCUAUCAUAUAUUUUGUAGCUUACAUCUUUUUAGUAUUUUUGGUUGUUGUCAACAUGUACAUUGCCAUCAUCCUCGAAAAUUUCGACGAAAUAUUUCAGCAGGAAGAAUCUGGCGUUGGUCAGGAUGAUUUCGAGUAUUUCUAUGUGGUGUGGGGAAGAUACGAUCCUAAAGCUUCUCAGUUCGUUUCAAUUGCAGAGCUAUCCAAUCUCUUACACAGUUUACAUCCACCGUUUCAACUCGCAAAACCGAAUGAGAUUAAAAUUGCAGCGCUCAAUCUGCCCAUAGUCAAUGGAGAUAAAGUUCAUUGUCUGGACGUUUUAUUUGCUCUUGUAAAACGCAUUAUGGGUGAAGUUGAAAUAUCUGAUCAAAUGCGAGAGGAAGCCGAAGCCAGGUUACUGAAGUCUUUCCCAAAUAGAAAAACGUUGAAAGCAGAGACAACAACUCUUGUUUUACGCAGAAGAGUAAAAGCAGCAAAAGUCAUACAGGAGGCGUGGAGAGGUUUCCACGGAAAGAGACGGCGAGGAGCAAUCGACGUGAGCUCCGAUAUAUUCAGCCAUGUUUCGUCAUCGGAUUUUACUCGAUCCAAUUCAUUUUCACUAUCUAGUGACAUAUCAGCUUCAUCUCAGAAACAAACUCUGAAAACUGAAAUAAGUGGAAUAAGCAAAUUGCCUAGUGUCGAUGAAAUACAACAAUUACAUACUGAAAACAAUAAUAUUAAACCAAACGAAGCCUUAGUUGAACACCAUAUAUAUCCUACAAAAGAUGGAGAUGUAGCCGAAAUCGAAAUACCCCAAAUUCCAGAAAAUGAGAAUAUUUUGAACGCCCCUCCUGACGUGGAAGAUGCAAGUCAAACUGACAUCAAAAAACAAUUAGCAUCAUCACCUAUUCGAAUGAUUAAAGAAAGCGAAUCCGAUUCAAAAUUGAAUGAAGUAAACACAUCGUCAACAAACGGUGAAGUAAGAAGUGACCAAGAUGCUGACUCAACCUGUCACGACAAUGUUGUCAUGAAUAAUGGAACGAUUAAAAUGAAUGAAGCUUCAGGAAAGGUGGACGAUAUAUUAAAUUCACCGCAGCCAAGAAAAACCUCAUUAGAAAGGCGAGCUAAAUCAGCCCAAAUGGAUGUACGAACUAAUAAAACCAAACUCGAUCAACUGCGACCAUCAACUUCUCUACAAGUCAUACGUAACGAUCAUGCGCUUGAAGAAAAGGCAUCAACUGAUGAUCAAGAUUUUUCCCUGGAUAUUCAAGAGUCAGAUCAUAUACUUCAGACACCACUCAAAAAGCAAACGAAUAUGGAAAAACACGAAAACACACAGAAUUCUUCUGUGUCUCUUCCUAAACCGGAUAGUUUAGACUCCGGAAGCGAAAAACAUUUCCAUUCUUCAGAGACAAACGCUUGGCAUCAGACUUUACAAAAAUCUAAAUCUGAUGUUGCUCGUUUAUCUGAGGAUUCUAUAAACAUAAAAGAUUCUUCACAAGAAUCCAGACCCGUUGUAGGGAAAAACUUAAAAUUCAAUCCACAAACAGGGAAAUUUAAAGUUAAAACGAAAAAGGACGAAGUUGAAUUGGUGGAAAUGUCGCGAUCCCCUUCUACUAAAAUUAAUAAUAACACAAACUCUAUUACUCCAGGUAAAACUGAAGUUGAUCAGUCUUUAGUAAUAACAAAUAACAAUGUAUCCGAAAGCAAAUUCACAAACGUAACGGAAGAGAAUUCUAGCCAGGCUUAGCUUAUGCGACAAUGGUUCAUGUCUUGGUGCAUUUUUCUUACCUGUACAUCUUUAUUCACGGUGAUCCCAUAACUUUCUUGUUUAAAAUGGCUGCAAAAUCGAAUGAACCUAAUGGAGAGUUAGAACUGAAACAUUUAGUCGUUGAUUGUGGCUUUCGAUGCCCGGUGACUAUCGAAGGUGGUUUAAUUUGAAAACAAUACUUGAAUAAUUUAUUUAUAUCUUGUCUAUUUACUUUUGCAAUUAUCUUCUUUCUUUGAUCUAUUUAUUUCCUUAAAAUAUAUAUAUAAUUAAACCUGCAAAAUUUACUUUACUCUAGGAGUUUACAAUGAAAUUUAACGGUUGAGAUUUUUCUUGCAGUAUUGGAACUAUUUAUGUUUAGUUUAUUUUUCUUUGUUUCUUUGGCGGUUCUAACCGAAUGGACGAAUUUUAGUAUUGUGGCCUAUUGACUGAAAAAACUUUUUUUCACUUUAUGUAUUUUAUGCUUGAUAAUCCUAUAUCUUUCAUUGACCAACAAUAUAAAGCAAACAGACAAACCGUAUCCGAGUCUGAAACAAUACCCGACUACGACAAUGCUUUAUUGAAGAAACGACUCCAACGUUCGAAUUCAUUAAUACAGCGGUUGUUUUGUUCUUUUUUAUAUUAUCUGAAAAUGUACUUUAUUAAUUCACUGUGUCACAUUUUUCCUUUUAUUAUUAUUCUUCCUGCUUUAUCGUGAAAUAAAAAUAAAUGAACCAGUCACUUAAAUGUAAAAA